AUGUCUCUUCGUUGGGCCUUUCAUUACAGCCAAUGGCAGCCAAGUAAAGAGGAAUGGAUAUUGGCUGCAAGUUGUUUACAAAAAGAAGAAGCAAAUAGGAUUAGUCAGUUUAUGUUUAAGCGUGAUGCAAAAGCAAGUUUGUGUGGUCGAUUGUUACUGAGGAAAGCUGUCCACGAUUUAUUGCAUUUGCCCUAUGACAGGAUUCGAUUUGAUAGGACUGAUAAGGGAAAACCUGUUCUGGUCGGAGACAAUUCCAACUUAUCACUCAACGUAUCCCAUCAGGGAGACUUUACCGUGUUAAGUGCAUCUUUCCAGUUCGAGACGGGAAUCGACGUUAUGAAAGUUGAUUGGCUUGGCAAAGAAGAUCUUGAUCAAUUUUUUUAUACUAUGCGGAAACAAUUCACGGAUUAUGAAUGGAGGAGCAUUAGGAAAUUUUUUACUGAAGAGGAACAAUUAGAAGCUUUCUACAGACAUUGGUGUCUAAAAGAAAGUUACGUUAAAGCAUUAGGAAUAGGUAUCGCCAAUGAUCUUCGUGCUUUUGAGUUUCAUCCACAGGAAGAUGACGUUCCCGAAAAGGGUGUUUUAACAAAUACGACGCUGUAUGUGGAUGGAAAGCUACAGGAGAAAUGGAUAUUCGAAGAGUCUAAAGUAAACAAAAAGCAUUUAGUAGCUGUGGCCCUUCGCCCGCGCGAUAGCAUUGAUGACAGUUCAACCAAUACGAAGGAAAAUAUUGCGGCUCCUUUGGUUACACUUUCUUUUCAAGAUCUUGUAUCGUCCGCUGUACCUUUCAAUGUAGUUGAUGACAAUUACUGGAACAAGUUCUCAGUGAAAAGUGAAAAGCCUAAUUUGGCCUAA